AUGUCUGCAAUGGAGGGAUAUGUUUCAGUUAAAUAUGAGAACCCAGGACCUCGACCUAAUGAAAUAAAAAUAUUUUAUCUUGAUGAAGAAGGAAAAUCUUAUAAACUGCUAGAAUUAGUAGAACCCAACAAACCAAAAACAUU